AUUUAAACACACUAAUGACUCACUACAAUAUGCAGUACUAUACUAAUCUCUAACUAGUAGAACAAGAAAAACUCUUAAUAUACAAUGAACCAGUUAACCAGAAACCAAGCAAAUUCAACGGCUCUAACCCCACUCACCUUCUUAGAAAGAGCAGCCACUGUCUAUGGCAACUCCAUUUCAAUCAUAUACAACAAUACCUCAUUCACUUGGUCUCAAACCCACAAAAGAUGUCUUCAACUUGCUUCAUCACUUUCUUCCCUCGGCAUCCAAAAAGGCGAUGUCGUCUCCGUCCUUUCCCCCAACACUCCGGCCAUGUACGAGCUUCAUUUCUCCGUUCCAAUGUCCGGCGCCAUUCUCAAUAACCUCAACUUCCGACUUGACCACAAAACCCUCUCCGUUCUUCUCAUCCACAGUGAAUCAAAACUCAUUUUUGUUGACAUUCUCUCUCUUUCUCUUACCCUCAAUGCUCUCUCUUUAUUCCCAACAAACAUCCAACAACCUAAGCUCGUCCUCAUAAUGGAUGAAACCCUAGCACCGCACCAGAUUCCUCCACUUCCAAAAAACGUAAACAUUAUCAACACCUAUGAGGGUCUUGUAGCAAAGGGUGAUCCAUAUUUCAAAUGGAUCCGACCUGACUCAGAGUGGGAUCCAAUUACGUUAAACUACACCUCCGGAACGACGUCGUCUCCGAAAGGUGUAGUGCAUUGUCACAGAGCAACGUUCAUUGUUUCUCUUGAUUCUCUCAUUGACUGGUCAGUUCCGGUUCAACCGGUUUUCUUGUGGACAUUACCGAUGUUUCAUUCUAAUGGAUGGAGCUACCCGUGGGCAAUGGCUGCAGUUGGAGGAAUUAAUAUCUGCACGCGUAGGACAGACGCGCCGACGAUCUAUACUUUGAUUGAAUCUCAUGGUGUAACACACAUGUGUGCUGCACCGGUUGUUCUUAACAUGCUGUCAAACUUCAACAAAACUGAACCGUUAAAAAAACCGGUUCAUGUUUUAACGGGAGGAUCGUCACCUCCAACGGCGAUUCUCACACGUGCGGAGAGGUUAGGGUUUGAGGUUAGUCAUGGAUUUGGAAUGACGGAGGUGAUUGGGGUGAUUGUGUCGUGUGCUUGGAAGAGAGAAUGGGAUAGGUUUCCGGCAACGGAGAAGGCGAGGAUGAAGGCGAGGCAAGGUGUGAGGAAGGUGGGGGUGGCGGAGGUUGAUGUGGUGGGACCCACUGGUGAAAGUGUGAAGAAUGAUGGUGUAACCGUUGGUGAGAUCGUUGUAAAAGGUGCAUGUGUUAUGUUAGGUUAUUUUAAAGAUGAGAUUGCCACAUCGCAGUGUAUCAAAAAGAAUGGUUGGUUUUAUACGGGUGAUGUUGCGGUUAUGCAUGAGGAUGGGUAUUUGGAGAUUAAAGAUAGGUCAAAAGAUUUGAUAAUAAGUGGCGGAGAGAAUAUGAGUAGUGUGGAGGUUGAGGGGGUUUUGUAUAUGCAUUCGGCGGUUAAGGAGGCGGCGGUGGUGGCGAGACCAGAUGAUUUUUGGGGGGAGACGCCGUGUGGGUUUGUGAGUUUGAAAGAUGAAUUGAAGAAGAAUGAUAUUCCGACUGAUAAUGAGAUUAAGGAGUUUUGUAAAGAGAAGUUGCCGCAUUUUAUGAUGCCUAAAACAAUUGUGUUUAUGAAGGAAUUGCCAAAGACAUCAACCGGAAAGGUUCAAAAACAUGUGCUUAGAAAGGUUGCUAAGAAGAUGGGAUCGUUGUCCUUACCACCGCCGCCGCGUCUUAUUAGUCGCAUUUAAUUAUGGAGUUUUUUUGAAGGGAACUUCUAUGGUACACUCAUAAAUUAAGGUGUAUCGGUACUCGCUUCCUAAAUUUAUACAUUAAUAAUCA